AUGCGGUUCAAGAUCCUCCCCGACGGGAGCCACCAACACCACCUUGCGAGGGUGAAGCGGCAGGAGAAGUUGGGCCAGAUGGUGAAGGACUGGCUAGGGGCAGGCAAAAAGCGUUCUGUCGCCGUGUCCGCGGUGCCCAACAUCUUCUCGUCGAGCAACCUGAACGAGAUGGACUCGCAGAUCAAGGCUGCUCUGAACGGCGAGAACGUCAGUGCCGCCGGCGCCAAGCUCCCUCCCACCCUCUUCUCCAUGUACCUCCGGGAGCAGAAGAUGAAUGCCCACAGCCCGACCGCGUAUGCGCAGCCGAGCUUCAGCGUGCCGGCUGCUGGGAAGGCGCACGAGCAUGACCACGACCACGACCACGACCACGAGUCGUUCUUCGAGAAGUACGGAAAGUGCCAAGAGAUCAUCGGCCGGGGCACGUUUGGCAUUGUGCGAGUGUCGCACAAGAAGGUCAACAACAGGGAGGUGUUGUACGCGGUGAAGGAGUUCACGCGGAAGCUGAACGAGCCCGAUUCGAAGUACAGCAAGCGCUUGACGUACGAGUUCUGCAUCUCCUCCUCGCUCAAGCACGACGGCAUCAUCAACGCGUACGACCUCUUCAAGGACUCGAAGGGAGACUACUACGAGGUGAUGGAAUACUGCUCCGGAGGCGACCUCUACUCUCUCAUCGCCGCCGCAGGCAAGUUGGAGUACUCCGAGGCCGACUGCUUCUUCAAGCAGAUCAUGCGGGCCGUCCACUACAUGCACAACAUGGGCGUUUCGCACAGAGACCUCAAGCCGGAAAACAUCUUGCUGACACAGGACGGCCGCGUCAAGAUCACCGACUUCGGCAGCGCCGAGUGCUUUAAGACCGCCUGGGAGGACGACAUUGAGCUCAGCAACGACAUCAAAGGCUCUUCGCCCUACAUUGCGCCCGAGCAGUACACCUCCACCGAGUUCGACCCCCGCUUCGUCGACGUUUGGUCCUGCGGCGUCAUCUACAUGGCCAUGCGCACGGGGCGCCAGCUCUGGAAGGAGGCCCAGGUCGACGACGAGUUCUUCCACGAGUAUCUGCGCAAGCGGAAGUGUGAGAAGGGCUACGAGCCCAUCGAGAUGUUGAAAAGGGCCCGUUGCAGGAACGUCAUCUACUCGAUUCUCGACCCGGUCCCCGAGCGCCGCAUCACCACGCUGCAGGUCCUGAACAGCGAGUGGGUCAGAGAGAUCAACUGCUGCAAGAGCUAG